CUUGAUUUUGAAACAAAUCAACCGGCUGAUUUGUAGCAGCCCCCAAAGAAAAACGCCAGCGAAACCGGUAAUGGGCCUGGCCCAACUGCCCCACGCCUGUGCGUUUGGACAACUAUUUGACGCAUCGAGCCGCAAGUAGGAUUUUCCCAGCCGAAUUCAUCCCCUCUGCACCUAGACGCACCUAUUUCCGAUAGGCAGGCCGGCGCUGCGAACCCACGACAGAUCUCCCUAUUCUCGCCAUCUCUCACGGUCCUCUUCCCCUCCGGCGACUCCAGCGCCGCGGCACGGCCGGCAAGGCGGCAAGCAAGAUGGAUUGGCAGGGGCAGAAGAGCGCGGAGAUGCUGAUGCAGGUGCUGCUGGUGGCGUCAGCGGUGGCGGCGUUCCUGGUCGGGUACGCGAUGGCCGACUUCCAGCUCAUGCUGCUCGUCUACGCCGGCGGGGUUGUCCUCACGGCCCUCGUCACCGUCCCCAACUGGCCCUUCUUCAACCGGCACCCGCUCAAGUGGCUCGACGCCGCCGAGGCUGAUCGCCACCCCCGCCCUCAGAUCAGCAGCGCACCAGCGACUACUGGGGGUAAGAAGAAGACCGGGAAAAACAAGUAGUCAUGUUACUUAUUGGUCCAUGUGUUGCAGGCAUGUUUUAUGAUAUCAGUUGCAGAACUUCUGAGUAUGACAUGCUAGAUGUUGUGUUACCCGAAUGUUUUAUGACAAAAAAUUAGCUUCUCCCCUUGUUGGUGUCUGGAUAUCUGCUUUCAUGGUCUUGGAAAUCCGUAUCACCUAUAUGCAGUCAAUAUGGUCAAGUGCCUAUCAAAAGAAAGGAAAUUAUAACA